AACCACAGAGGUGCAGAUGGUUGAGCUGCUCUCAGAGCUUCCUCUCACACGACACAAUGGGACAAACAUGUGAGGUGAAGCUGCUCUUGCUGAUGUCAUCGCUCUGCUGCAGCACGAACCCAGCUGUAGUGACUCUGAGUCCCAGCAGCUCUCAGUUCUUCAGAAGGGACUUCGUCUCUUUUAGCUGUGAGGACGACCACAGCUCGGCUGGAUGGACGCUGAGGAGGAACACGAGCAGAGGCACCAGGAAGGAGUGUGAAGACUGGGGGAGACGAGUUGCUUCUUCCUGUGUCAUCGACAGUGUCGUUCCAUUAGACAGUGGAGUUUACUGGUGUGAGUCCACAGAGGGAGGAGCAAGUACCUACAUCAACAUCACUGUGACUGAUGAUCCAGUGAUCCUGCAGAGUCCCGUCCUCCCAGUGGAGGAGGGAGAGGACGUCACUCUGAUCUGUAAAACUAAGAGGGCGCCCUUCAACCUCUCGGCUGAUUUCUAUAAAGAUGGCACUUUUGUCAGGACGACGCCCACAGGUCACAUGACCAUCCACCUUGUCUCCAAGUCUGAUGAAGGAGCCUACAAGUGUGACAUCAGAGGCCGGGGAGAGUCUCCACCCGCCUGGCUGUUUGUCACAGGUCAAGAGGUCAAAGGAGGAGUCGUCCUCUUGGAACCCUCCCUCACCUUGUUAUUCAUCAUCCACAUCGUGGUCAGCUCGCCAUACGUCCUCUCCACGCUGCUCCUGGUGUCCAUUUGCCGACAGAGGCCCACAGGAAAGACCCCGCCUGUUUCCCUGACAGCGCCCCCACCUGGCGAGGAUGAGGAAGGAUUGGAGUAUGACGAUGUUGACGCUGAUGUCACCACCGAGCAUCGCUUCUGUGCUGAUGUCAUCGCUCUGCUGCAGCACGAACCCAGACGUGUUGAACCAUUGAAUGGGUUUGAAUUGAUUUCUACAGCUGUAGUGACUCUGAGUCCCAGCAGCUCUCAGUUCUUCAGAGAGGACUUCGUCUCUUUUAGCUGUGAGGACGACCACAGCUCGGCUGGAUGGACGGUGAGGAGGAACACGAGCACAGGCACCAGGAAGGAGUGUAAAGACUGGGGGAGACAAGUUGCUUCUUCCUGUGUCAUCGACACGGCCGUUCCAUUAGACAGUGGAGUUUACUGGUGUGAGUCCACAGAGGGAGGAGCAAGUAACUACGUCAACAUCACUGUGACUGAUGAUCCAGUGAUCCUGCAGAGUCCCGUCCUCCCGGUGGAGGAGGGAGAGGACAUCACUCUGAUCUGUAAAACUAAGACGCCGCCCUUCAACCUCUCGGCUGAUUUCUAUAAAGAUGGCACUUUUAUCAGGACGACGCCCACAGGUCACAUGACCAUCCAUCUUGUCUCCAAGUCUGAUGAAGGAGCCUACAAGUGUGACAUCAGAGGCCGGGGAGAGUCUGCACCCGCCUGGCUGUUUGUCACAGUUCAGGAGGUCAAAGGGAAACCGACAUCUCUUCUACCACCCUACAUUACCUACAUUAUCCCAUCCAUCGCUGGUUUGGUAAUUCUGGUUGUUCUGGUGCUACUGGUGAGAUGCUGCGUCCGGAGGAAACCUGAGGAGUGUGAUCCAAACGAUGUCAGUCUUCAACCAGAAGGGACGAUGGAGAUAAAUCGAGUUGCAGCGACACAAGGGGACAACGUCACAUAUGGACAAAUAAUGAUCCGACCAUUCACCAGCAGAGUUCUUGUUCUGAUCCUGGUCCUGGUCCUGGUCCUGGUCCUGGUCCUGGUCCUGGUCCUAUUCCAACUUUCGGUCCUGAUCCUAGUUCUCCCCUUGAUUCUUAAGAUCAACCAGAGCCGGAGGUCAUUUACUCGUCACUGCGGUCCAAACAAUGACGACCUGCUGCCGCCAUCUUUAUUCCAUCACAGGAGGCGUGUCCUAAGUCCAGUUAUGUUUCAAAACAACCAACCAACUGUUUGACUGAGGAGUGGCAGAAAGCCAGUGUUUAAAUAAAGUUUCAAUAAAACAACUAAAAUGAAUAUAUAUGAAAAUAA